UUAUCCAUGUGUCUCACUCCCCUAUAGUUGCUGUCACUAUGAGUCUACAAUGGACAGCCGUAGCUGGCUUUCUUUACGUCGAGGUGUUUGCGUUGCUGUUGAUGUGCAUUCCAUUCGUUUCUGCGAAACAAUGGCAGAAACUGUUCCGUUCAGGACUCUUCAACUUAGUGGUGUCGUACGGCAAUAAAUUCUUCUUUUUCCUCAUCGCCCUCCUUGUUUUCCUGAUGUUUGAUGCGAUCCGCGAGAUUCAGAAGUACAGUGUUCCAGACAAGGUGGACCUAAAGAACAACCCAGUGGCCGAGGACCACGUCCACAUGAAGCUGUUCCGUGCCCAGAGGAACCUCUACAUCGCAGGCUUUGCCUUGCUGCUCUGGUUCGUGCUGCGGCGAUUGGUCACCUUGCUAUCCCAGCAGGCCAUGCUCCUCGCCACUAAUGAAGCAUUCCGGAAGCAGGCCGAGAGCGCGACCGAUGCCGCCAAGAAAUACAUGGAGGAGAACGAGACCUUGCAGAAGAGUCUGAAGGAGGCUGGAAUUGAGCUGAAAGAGAAGGGGGAGCAUCAGGACAUUGAGAAGGAGAAUGAGAAGCUGAAGACAGACAUGCGGGAACUGAAGAACGAAGUUCAGGAAACAAAGAAAUCUCUGCAGAAAUCAGAGAAUGAGGUGACAGCCAUCAAGAAGCAGGCAGAGGGGCUGACCAAGGAAUAUGACCGUCUCCUGGAGGAGCAUGCCAAACUGCAGUCGGCGAUGGAUCACUCGAAGCUGAAGAAGGAAGAAUAGAUUCUGCUGACGGCGGAGGCUUUUGGCUGGAGGGUGGGGUGACAGUGACGGUCACCCCACGGGCACCUGACAGGACUCUACAGCCUGCCUGCUCUCGUUCUGUCCCGACCCAUAGCUUUAUUACCUAUCACCUUGGAGCUGCUUCUCUGUCUGGGUGUCGUGUUUUACUUUGUGUACUGUACACUUUGUUUUCUCUUUGUUGUUCUUUAACUGAACAAGUGGGCAGGAUAUGUCUGGUCACUGCUACUGAGUGGAAUGGAGUUGGGCGGGGUGCCGGGGGUGCUGGGUGAGGUGGUCAGUUCGCUCCGACUCCUCUUGUGUGAGUUUCCAAGUACACUGAGCAUUAGUGAGGUUUUGUUGUCAUUCCCAUUCUCGUUCACUCUCGUGCCCGCUUCUCUUUCCCCCGCCACCCUUUCUUCUAGCCAUACCUCCUGACCCCUUGCAGCCUCCCUCGACUGUCCUGAUAUCACAGAGGCACCAGGAUUUUGCCGACAGAUUUGUAGGGCUCUAUUCCAGCCCAUUCACUGGGGGUUUGGUGGCGGUGGAGGUGGGGAAUGUGUUUUGUACACUGUCUGCUGUACAGUUUCGAAGUAUUUCUUUUCUGGAUUCUGUCCCACUGCGGACUCAGAGACCAUCCUGACCUCGUUCUCCAAAGGAAGGAACUGGGAAUUUCAAAGCUUACCUGUCACAGAAAGUAUGGGGAGGUUUCUUUUCUUUUAAAUAAAAAAACACAUGCCCAUUAAA